AUGGCCAGACUGGGGCGGGGUGGGUUCCUCGGCCUCGCCAUCGUCUUCCAUCUGGUCUAUGUUUAUUCCAUCUUCGACAUCUACUUCGUCAGUCCCAUCGUCCAUGGCAUGAAACCGUAUAAGGUCGAACAGGACCGGGCACCCUCGAGAAGACUUGUGCUAUUCGUCGGCGACGGACUGCGCGCAGACAAAGCCUUCCAAUCUUUCCCAGACCCGUCUCCUGCGGACCCAGCCAACGCCGACUUGAUCCUUCGACCUCUCGCUCCUUUCUUGCGCUCCCGAGUGCUGGAGCACGGUACAUUCGGAGUCUCUCAUACCCGGGUGCCAACAGAGUCACGGCCUGGGCAUGUUGCUCUCAUAGCGGGACUGUACGAGGAUGUCUCGGCGGUGACGACAGGCUGGAAACUGAACCCGGUGGAUUUCGACAGUGUCUUCAAUCGCAGUCGCCAUACGUGGAGCUGGGGCAGUCCUGAUAUCUUGCCUAUGUUCAAAGAAGGAGCCGUCCCAGGCCGUGUGGAUGCGGAUCAAUAUGGUGAAGAGUUUGAAGACUUUACACAAGAUGCCACGAAGUUGGACACCUGGGUUUUUGACAGGGUGAAAGCACUGUUUGAGGCCGCGAGCAGCAAUUCCACUCUAAACGCCAUGCUACGGGAGGACAAGCUCGUCUUCUUUCUACACUUACUUGGGCUGGACACGACUGGUCAUGCUUACCGGCCCUAUUCGAAAGAGUAUUUGCAUAACAUCAAGGUCGUGGAUCAGGGUGUUGAGGCCAUCACCAAUCUGAUUGACAACUUCUACGCCGACGGAAAAACAUCAUACGUCUUCACGGCAGACCACGGCAUGAGUGAUUGGGGUAGCCACGGCGACGGUCAUCCGGAUAAUACGAGGACUCCUUUGAUUGCCUGGGGCGCUGGUGUCGCCCAGCCUGACAUCUAUCCUGACACAAUAGCGCCUGGCCACGAAGAUGGCUUUUCUGCCGACUGGGGCUUGGAUCACAUUCGACGACACGAUGUCGACCAAGCCGACGUCGCUGCACUGAUGGCCUAUCUUGCAGGAUUGGAAUUCCCGGUCAACUCGGUGGGAAAGCUCCCGUUGUCGUAUCUUGCAGCCACUGUGCAGGAGAAGGCCAGUGCAGCUCUCGUCAACGUCAGGGAGGUGCUGGAGAUGUACAAUGUCAAGGAAGAGCAGAAGAAGUCGACCUCUCUGCGCUAUCAGCCAUAUCCGCCAUUCUCGAACGUCAACGGCUCCGUUGUUGACCGGAUAUCGACCAUCGAAGCUGCGAUUGACAGCAAUCAUCACGAACACGCCAUCGAACUGUCCUUGGAACUUUUCCAUCACGCUCUCCAGGGCUUACGCUACUUACAGACUUAUGACUGGCUUUUCCUCCGGGCUUUGAUCACGAUAGGAUAUCUGGGUUGGAUCACGUUUGCUGUUACUACCGUCAUUGAUCUUCACGUCCUCGAUGGGGCAGUGCCUGAUAGAAGGAGUCUGGGGUCAACCAUGACAUUCGCAUCGAUUUUGGUCGCUCUAUAUUCCUUCUUCUUCAUUGAAAAGUCACCCUUGACAUAUUACGCGUAUGCCUUUUUCCCCGUCUUCUUCUGGGAGGAGGUAUUCGCCCGCAGGAAUGCGUUGGUGUCUGGAUUCAGUGUUUUGUUCGGCCAUGUCAAACGACCUUCGGAUUGGAUUCUUCUUCUCAUCCAAGCAAUUGUCUUUCUCGGCGUUAUUGAAGCUCUGGUUCAAUCAUAUUUCCACCGCACGAUAUUCACGGUUUGUUACGUCCUCGGCGCCUUCUAUCCUGUGUUUCAUGGAGCGGAUUUUGUCAAAAAGCACUUGUUUCUGGUGUUGGCUUGGGCGUCUGGCUGCCUGGUGCUGAGCACUUUCACCCUCUUGCCGGUGAUCAAGGUGGAAGACGCCGACACCAUUACCGCAGGGGGACUGUUGAUGUUCGGAGCCGGUCUCGGCUAUCUGUUGUUCGAGCACGACAUCACUGCGCGGUCAAUGUCGAAUUCCGCACAAUCGCAACCCAACGUUGUUUCCCGAGUUCUGAUGGGCCUCCAGUGCGGCAUCAUCUUGCUCACCAUUAUUGUCACGCGUUCAAGCGUUGCAUCUCUACAGGCGAAGCAGGGACUUCCACUCGGCAAUCAAGUCGUCGGCUGGUUCGUGCUGGUAGCGUCACUCAUCUUGCCUUUUGUCCACCGAAGCGCACCCAACAGACACUACCUUCACCGACUGGUCAUCAUCUUCCUCACCUUCUCGCCGUCGUUUAUUAUCUUGACGAUCUCCUACGAAGGACUGUUUUAUGUUGCAUUCUGCUCUACUCUUCUUGCCUGGGUGCGCCUGGAACAUGCCAUCCAGCUACACACCGUCUCUCAUCCCACAUCCGCUCCGUCCUCCUCGGGCUCUAGGCUCCGCCCAAACGGAGUGACCAUAACAUCGACAUCAGCGCAGUCGGUCACGAAUCUUCAUCCCGCAACAACUUUCCGCACUCUGGCCCUACCGGAUCUCCGACGCGCCCUGUUCUUUCUGUUCUUCUUGCAAUCGGCCUUCUUCUCGACCGGCAACAUCGCCUCCAUCUCCAGCUUCAGUCUCGACGCCGUCUACCGACUCCUCCCGAUCUUCGACCCCUUCUCCCAGGGAGCACUGCUUCUGUUCAAGAUCAUGGUGCCGUUCGCCAUCAUUUCCGCGGCGCUGGGCAUUCUCAAUCGGCGGCUCGGUCUACAGUCGUCCGCGUUGUUCAUGACCGUCAUGGCCGUCAGCGACGUCAUGACGCUGAAUUUCUUCUGGAUGGUCAAGGACGAGGGCAGUUGGUUGGACAUUGGCACGACCAUCAGCCACUUUGUCAUUGGGAGUCUGUUGUGUGUGUUUGUCGCGGGGCUGGAGGGUGUUAGUCAUGCCCUGAUCAGUGGGGUGGAGGUCGAUGAUGCAUUUGAAGAUAGGGUCAGGUCAGCUGGAGGGGUGGAUGUCGUGGAGGGCACGGCCAAAGCCAACGGCCACGGCAAUGGCAACAACGGCAUGGUGAAAGAGGUUGAAGCCCAUGACGAGGUCAAUCGAAAUGUGCAAGAGGCGGCGGCUGGGCGGUAA